AUGGCACAGCCGAACAAGGAGCCGUGCAAGAAGGAGGCGUGCGACAUCCAGGCCUGCCUCUCCAAGAACAUGUUCGACUCUAGGAAGUGUGUGAGAGUUAUUCAGUUACUUCAGUCAUGCUGUGAGCAGUGCGAGUACAAGUCAACACACUGUGGUUCCUUGUCCGGAUUACUUAAGAACAUUUCUAAGUGA